UGAAGUGGUACAAUAUAUAUUUUUGAGCCACUCUUACAUUUUGACGUCAUGUCCCGGACAAAUGUACCGCCUCUUGUAUGUCCUACUCAACAUUAGUCUCUGGUGAAAAGAAAAGAAACAACCAACAUAACCUUUUAAAUUAAAUUGUGUAUUAGAUGUAAUAUUGUACCUCUAAUAUAAUCACCAACUAAACCUUAACAAAUCAUGGCAAGCAGUAGAUUGGAGAGGAUUGGAACUAUCUAUACAAGGGUUGAAGGCCUUCUUACCAAAGGUGCUCUGAAACCGGAUGACAGGCCGCUGUGGUUCGACGUGUACAGAGCUUUCCCGCCCAAGACGGAACCUAAAUUUGCCAAACCAAAACCAGAAAUCAAACCCAUUAGACCAAUACUUUACAAGGAAGAUGCUAUUAGGGCAAAAUUUCAUUCCAACGGCUAUGGCCUGGCUACAGUGAACCUUUUAAGCCAAAGCACGGAAACACAAACAAAGCGACUUAUCCAGCAGUACAAGAAUUUACAAUCGGAAGGCGUACCCGAAAAUGAAAUACUUGAGAUAUCAGCAAAAGCGGUAGCUAAUGAACGUCAAGCCGAAAUACCAAAAAUCAGCGCAAAAAAUCCAGAUUCCGUAACAGCACAAGUCUUAACAGAAGCUAAUAUAAAAAAUAUUUUUAAGGAAUAGUUGUACAAAGUAGUAGUUAUUCGUUGCUUUCAAAGAAAAUUCGUCAUAUUAUUUUAGUAGAAUUAUAAUGAAUAAAUUAUUAAUAAAGUA